AUGGCUUCUUCAUUCUUCGACAACAAGGCUCGCGCCGCCGCUGUUGCCGCAUCCAGCAGCUCCAAGCCCAAGGCUAGUGAUAAUAAAGAAGAUACAACUCGGCUACAACCCUGGGUUGAAAAAUACCGACCCAAGACCUUGGACGACGUGGCCGCACAAGACCACACCACGAAAGUGCUCCAGCGCACCUUGCAAGCUUCCAACCUCCCUCACAUGCUAUUCUACGGGCCUCCCGGGACCGGCAAAACUUCUACAAUCCUCGCCCUCGCGAAAUCUCUUUUCGGCCCUGCGCUCUACCGCUCCCGCAUUCUCGAGCUCAACGCCUCUGAUGAGCGGGGUAUAGGCAUUGUUCGUGUCAAAGUGAAGAACUUUGCCCGGGCCCAACUAUCGCAGCCUACAGGAUUAGACGCCGAAUACCGCGCAAAAUACCCAUGCCCACCAUUCAAGAUCAUCAUCCUCGAUGAGGCUGACAGCAUGACGCAAGAUGCACAGGCCGCGCUUCGUCGUACAAUGGAGCAGUACAGUCGCAUUACCCGAUUCUGUAUGGUUUGCAAUUACGUGACGCGCAUUAUUGAGCCUCUGGCCAGUCGAUGCAGCAAGUUCCGAUUCAAGUCUCUGGAUAACAGUGCUGCAGGCGACCGCUUGCAAAAUAUUGCGCAGGCUGAGAACUUGAAGCUGGAGGAUGGCGUGAUUGAUACUCUUCUUCGGUGUGGUGAGGGUGAUUUGCGUCGUGCUAUUACUUACUUACAGAGUGCGGCGCGGUUGGCGGGUGCGAUGGGGGCACCUGCUGCGAAGGACGACGAUGAGGACUCUGAAAUGAAUGAUGCUGAUAGUGGUGUUGGCCAGGGAUUAAUUACUACCAGAAGCAUUGAGGAGAUUGCAGGUGUGGUUCCGGACGGGGUCUUGGACGGUCUUUUGCAGGCCAUGCAGCCUAAGAGCUCGGGCUCAGCGUACGAGGCUGUCUCGGCGGUCGUCACGGACCUCGUUGCUGACGGGUGGAGUGCCACUCAAGUUAUUGGACAGUUAUACCGAUUGGUUAUCUACAAUGAGACAAUCCCGGACUUGCAGAAGAAUAAAAUUGUCAUGGUAUUUUCCGAGGUGGACAAGCGACUUGUUGAUGGCGCUGAUGAGCAUCUGUCUGUUCUUGACCUGGUGCUCCGCAUCGCGGGCAUUCUACGCGCAUAG